AUGAACAAACAAGAGAUUGCUAGACGAAUUAUGAUGAAAAGGCAUACCCAAAGACUGCCGGAAGGAUCUCGAGCUGGAUUUCUUGUCGGAGACGGAGCCAGAGUGGGCAAAGGUCGAAUUGCUGCCGAAAUUAUCUUCGAGAACUUUUUACGAGGCCGUAAAAACUCUAUCUGGCUCUCAGUGUCGAACGAACACAAAUACGAUGCCAAGUGGGAUUUACGUGAUAUCGGCACCGACCAAAUUGCCUUCCACCAUUUGUACACCUCUAAACGCUCCCUCGUCUCUGCUGGAGAUGUUUUCGGUUCAGUAAAAGAAGGUGUCGUAUUCUCUACUUUCUUCAAUCUGACCGAGUUCUCGUAUUUCCGUAAGAAAUACCAAUCGAGCCUUGACGAGCGGUUUGAUUGGUGUGGGCAAGAUUUUUAUGUCGUCAUCAUUUUCGACGAAUGUCAUCAAACUAAGAAACAAUUUUACAACAACGUGAGGACUGGAACAAACAUUGAAUUUGCAGUUUUGAAACUACAGGCCAGAUUACCAAAUGCAAGGAUCGUCUACAUGUGUGCAACUGGCAUUUCAGAACCCAUCAAUAUGGGAUACAUGACCCGCCUUGGAUUAUGGGGCCAAGGAACUGCGUUCCAUGAAUUUGACCAUUUCGUGGAAGCCUUUGAGGAUAUGGGUUGCAUGGAAUUGGUGGGCAUGGAGAAGCAACGCGGAAUGUACUUGGCACGUCAACUUUCUUUUGAAGACGUCGUUUUCGACAUAUUUGAAGUUGACGUGGAUCAGAAUCUCGUCAAAAUUUACGACCAAUCUGUUGCACUGUGGGAGGAAUUCUUAAAAUCUUCACAUCAAUCUUUCACAAAAGCCGAAAAUCGCCAAACCAUUGAUCGAGAUGCUCAUCGAACAUUUUGGUUACACUUUUGGGCUGCACAAUCUGAUUUCUUCAAGUACCUUUGCAUUUCAGCCAAGAUAUGGGACGCCGCCUUAAUGGCUCAACAAGCCUGUGGUCAGGUUAUUUAA